GUCUGAUCACCCAAGUUCAUUCUGACUUUAGCUACAGAGCUAGUACUAGUGCUUACACUUGGGAUUGAUACACCUUCGUUGACAGCAAAAUUAUCAGUCAGAGAUGAGGAGCUACGCAGCUGUAGUCCGGGCGGCACUGCUCGUCCUUGGCGCGCUGCUACUCCCUGCCCACCAUGUGAUGGCCGACUACUCGGCCAUGGCACCGCCGCCGCCGCUGCCCAAGCCGACCAGUGCCAUUUCCACGCCCCCGUUGGCAGCCAAUGUCACGAACAUUUCGCCAUCGCUGUUGCCGCCUGUUCAGUUGGUGCCACCUUUCGUGGUGGUGCAGGGCGUGAUCUACUGCAAGUCUUGCAAAUCCAGGGGCUACAACCGCGGCAUGGACGCGUCACCGAUCCAAGGUGCGACGGUGCAUCUGGUGUGCUACGGGAAGAAGGUGGUGAACGUGUCGGCGACGGUCUCGGACGAGCACGGCUACUUCCUGGUGAUGUUCUACGACCUGGACAACUUCAACGCGCGCAACUGCAAGAUGUACCUGGGCACGUCGCCGACGCCGCUCUGCGACAAGCCCGUCUACCCGCCAAACAAGUGGAUCGGGCUCUCGCUCGUCAAGGAAACCGUCACCUCGCCGCCGGUGGGGCUGCAGGGCGUGUACCGCCCCACCAGCGUCCUCUUCUACGGCCCCUCCGCCGGACAGCAUUGCCCAUUUUAUUGACCGCGCCUCCUCGGUCCAGAACUCCUGAUGGUACUGAGUAAUAAUCAACUAGUCAUAUGCAGUUGAUGGAGGAUUGGCAAUGGUGCACUUGCACUAGUGCGUUUUUGUGCAUUUGUGUGUUCUUGUUCCUAGCAGCUAGCUAAUUUACGUUCAAUUCUUCUAGUUCAUGGGUUGGUGCAGUUGCAACUGUGUAGCACUGCCACUAUCUCGAAUUUUCAGUGGCCGCUGUUCCCCGCCCAUAACUAAGAUUCUUCUGCCAA